AGGUAUUCACAUAUAAGCAGACACAAGGACUCUUCUCAUUCAGCCUCUGACUACAGACAUGGCUUCUGUCUGCACCUGUGUUGUCCAUUCAAAUCAAUGGCCAUUAAUGACCUUUGAGACCACUAAGAAUGACAAAGUGAAGAAGAUAAAUGAACAUAUUAGGUCCCAAAUCAAGGUCUCUGUACAGGACCAGAUCCUUACGCUAGACUCCAAGAUCCUCAAGUCCCAUAGAAAACUGUCAUCUUAUGGGAUUGACAAGGAGACCACUAUCCACCUUACCCUAAAGGUGGUGAAGCCCAGUGAUGAAGAGCUGCCCUUGUUUCUGGUGGAGUCAAAAAACGGGCAAAGGCACCUCCUCCGAGUUCGAAGAUCCAGCUCAGUGGCCCAGGUGAAAGAGAUGAUCAAGAAUGUGGCCGCUGUGACCCCCAAGAAGCAGAUUGUGAAUUGCAACGGAAAGAAGCUGGAAGAUGGAAAGAUCAUGGCUGACUACAACAUCAAGAGUGGCAGUUUGCUCUUUCUGACAGCAUACUGCAUUGGGGGAUGACUACGGGGAUGAGGUGAUGAGAAGCUCAAAGCCGAUUUCCUUUGAGCUAUUACCAAUCACAUCUCUUGAUGAUAUAAAAAAAAAUAAUGAGAAUGAAAUAAAUAUUUGAGAGAAGUGGGGUAGAUUAAAAAUAUUUGUCAAGUCUGCGAAUCUUGUUUCUAACAUAGUUCAUUAGCAGGGUUGUUGAUGAGGGCAAAAGCUGAAACUUUAGUCAGGUGUGGUGGUGCAAACUUAAUUCCAGGACUUGGGAGGCAGGGGCAGGUGGAUCAAUGAAUGACUGUUGAACCAAAUUGAAUUUUUAUUAUAGAGUAUAGAGAAAUAAUGUGUUAUGGAAUAUCAUUGUUUACCAUAACUGGAUCAUAGUCUAAUAAAUUUUUUAAAUUCAGUCAU